UGAGCCUGAGGAGAAGAAAAAGAGAAACGAGAGUGAGAGAGAGAUGAGGAGUGACGUAGCACGGCUCAGGUGUGGGAAGACGAUUCCAUUGCUUGGAAUGGGAACUUAUUGUCCUCAUAAAGACCGAGAUAGUACCAUCUCAGCCGUCCAUCAAGCCAUCAAGAUAGGGUAUAGACAUUUCGACACAGCAAAGAUAUAUGGAUCAGAAGAAGCUCUAGGAACUGCAUUAUGUCAAGCUAUCUCCUCUGGAACUGUCCAAAGAGAAGAUAUCUUUGUGACUUCAAAGUUAUGGUCUAGUGAUCACCAUGACCCUAUCUCUGCCCUCACACAAACUCUCAAGACAAUGGGGCUAGAGUAUCUAGAUAACUACUUGGUGCAUUGGCCAAUAAAGCUAAAGCCAGGAGUGAGUGAGCCCAUCCCAAAGGAAGAAGAGUUUGAGAAAGAUGUAGGAAUUGAAGAAACUUGGCAAGGCAUGGAGAGAUGCUUGGAGAUGGGUUUGUGUAAAUCCAUUGGUGUUAGCAACUUCUCUUCUAAAAAGAUCUAUGAUCUUCUCGAUUUCGCUUCUGUCUCUCCUUCUGUUAACCAGGUGGAGAUGCAUCCAUUGUGGAGACAAAGCAAGCUACGAAAAGUGUGUGAAGCGAACAACAUCCAUGUAAGUGGAUAUUCACCACUUGGUGGGCCAGGGAAUCGUUGGGGAUCAACGGCUGUGAUUGAACACCCUGUCAUCAAAUCAAUUGCUCUCAAGCAUAAUGCCACUCCAGCUCAGGUGGCUCUCAGGUGGGGAAUAUCAAAAGGGGCAAGUGUGAUUGUGAAAAGUUUUAAUGGAGAAAGAAUGAGAGAAAACAAGAGAGCCUUAGAUAUCAAAUUGGAUGACCAAGACUUAUCAUUCAUUGACCAAUUGGAGGAGUGGAAGAUCAUGAGAGGAGAUUUCCUUGUUAAUCAAACCACAAGCCCUUACAAAUCCAUCCAACAACUUUGGGAUGAUGAGAUAUAAUUGAUUAGGGUUUCACGUAAUUUCAUCCAAAAUGUAAUUUCAUCAUCACAUUAAGUUGCU